CCGUACAGCUAAACCAAAAAACGUGCUAUGUUGUGACUGAAUGAGAGCUCGUCCAUUGAAAACAGCUCCAGUUUAGAUCUAAACCUCACGUUGAGACCACUGACUGCUGUUACAUUUAGUAAACUUUACAUGAUUACUGCUCCAGUCGUUGCAGCUUCAAAGCUUUCACGCGUUGGUUAGUCUCAGUAGUUAAGAUAUCGACUAAUAUAACCGGAGAGAAUACUGUGAUUAACAAGGCAGCCCGCAGCUGUAUAGCUUAAAUAUAAGGUUUUAAUUCUACAGAAACCUUGUCUGCUAGCAUGUCGGCCGUGGCAAACGAGUCGAGAAAGCGGAGCAAGAAGCGGUACGGGGGCGGUCAGCCCAACAAGAGGUGGAAAGGCUCCUUCCUGGAGGUCGGCAUGGAGGGGAUUCUCAUCACAUGUAACAUGAACGAGAGGAAGUGCACCGCGGAGGCCUUUAAUCUGCUCAAUGAGUACGCAGACAAACUCUAUGGGCCUGAGAAGUUUGAAGACGACAACGAGAGUAGCAGUCAAGAAGAGGAUGCCGAGGAGGAAGAUGUUACCGAGGCGCUGAAGAAGGAAGUUGCACAGCUGAAAUCAUCCGGCGCCAAAAAGAAGAGGCGCUUCCAGGCCUUUGAAAGUGGAGCAAACAAUGUGAUCUUCAUCAGAACUCUAAAUCUGGAAUCUGACAAACUGGUUCAUCACAUCUUGUCGGAUCUCCACUCCACCAAGAAGAAAAAGUCACGCGUGAUCCUGCGUAUGCUACCGGUAACGGGGACCUGUAAGGCCUUCCAGGAGGACAUAGUCAAGUACCUGGGCACUUACCUGGAGCCUUGGUUCAAAACCCCAAACUGUGCUACCUACCAGAUCGCCUUCAAGGCCCGAAACAGCAGUCACAACAAGCGAGAUGAGAUCAUCAAAUCUGUUGCAGGUCUAGUCGGGAAGCUGAACCCAAAGAAUAAAGUUGAUCUGACCAACCCAGAACUGACAAUCAUUGUGGAGGUCAUCAGGGCGGUGUGUUGCAUCAGUGUGGUAAAAGACUAUACGCUGUAUAGAAAGUACAAUGUUCAAGAAGUCGUAAAGGAGGACACGCCGAAGCCUGAUGUGACCACAGCAAAAACAGAAACCGAUACAGCUGAAGAAAAAGAGAAACGUGAUACAGAGGAGAAGGACAAAGAGGAGAAGAAAGGCAAGGAGGAAAACACAAAUGACAAAAAUGUCGCACAGGACAACAAGGAAGGUGAUGAGGGUGAAGUUGAUGGGGAGUAACGGCUCCCAUUCCCAGAAACUGUCAGUUUGUACUUUUUAAAACAUCAUCUCAAGCUGCUUUUAAUUGUUGUGCUUUUGUUUUCAACGGAAGGUUAAAAAAAUAUCUGAGCUCACAGCAUCCAAUCACAUGCAUUUCUAAUGUAAUAUUUCCUUUUCAUAUUAACAUAGCUAUCUGUAAUACAUUACUUCCAACUUUAUUGAUAUGAUUCAUUUUUAAAAGCAGGUUUUCAAUGGAAUCUACAAGUUAGCUAUCUGCAGCUUUUAUUUCCAUCAGCUCAAGGCUCAGCUUGUUUUUUUGGGGUUUUUUUUUUUUAAAGAUGAAAUGAGUUUUCAAUUUCAGUGUCAUUUUAUUUUUUUGUGUUUUGACACAAAGUCAUAAAGUUUUGUUCAGGUGAA